CGGAAGCAGACCGGCCGCCUGCGUAGCCGCAAAGCUAGCAGCUGAGCACGAUAGAUGCAUCGAAUAUUGUUAUUAAAUCAUAUUUACCCUGUUUUUUAAUUCUCAAAUAACCAUGGAAUUGUCUGAACUAUUGUACAAUAAAGCGGAGUACAUCGAGACGGCGUCUGGCAACAAAGUAAGCAGGCAAUCCGUGUUGUGUGGAAGUCAAAACAUUGUUCUCAAUGGCAAAACUAUUGUCAUGAAUGACUGCAUUAUCAGGGGAGACCUGGCUAAUGUCAGAGUGGGAAGACACUGUGUUGUAAAAAGCCGGAGUGUAAUAAGACCCCCUUUCAAGAAGUUCAGCAAAGGAGUGGCAUUUUUCCCGCUGCACAUCGGAGACCAUGUCUUUAUUGAGGAGGAUUGCGUGGUCAACGCAGCACAGAUCGGUUCUUACGUCCACAUUGGCAAGAACUGUGUAAUUGGUCGCCGGUGUGUGCUGAAAGACUGCUGCAAGAUCUUAGACAACACAGUGCUUCCUCCUGAGACGGUGGUGCCACCUUUCACGGUCUUCUCUGGAUGUCCAGGUUUAUUUUCAGGAGAACUUCCAGAGUGCACACAGGACCUGAUGAUAGAUGUAACCAAGAGCUACUACCAGAAGUUCCUGCCCCUCAGCCAGAUCUGAAUCCCACACCCGCCCUCUCAACCUGGCCCCCUCAGAUCAGCCAGAUAUUGUGGUUUUGCAUCAGACCAGUUCAGACUCUAUCCUUCAGCCCUGAGGAGAAACAUCUGAUUUGAGCCCUAUAACUUUCAACCUAAUACGCCUAAGAAACUACACAUACAAAAUAAAGUCCGAUACAGCUGCACAAGUCUAAAACACACACAGCAGCUUGUCUUUUUAAACCAGAAAACCAUUAACAUAUCUAAGUGUACAAAAAAAACAUUUGUCAUCCUGGCAAGUCUGUGAUGCCUCAGACACAGAUUUCAACACCGCAGAUCUAUGAUUUUCCUUUUCAGUGUGUUGUGGUCAAACUCAAUGUCCAUCUUUGCUCUGUGGCUCUCUAACUGCAGUCACAGGUGACGAUGAAGAGGUGGAAGAGCAAUGAAGAAUUUCCAACAAUUACACAGCUCGAUGUUAAACACCAAUGGACCAAAGUGGUAGCAACAGUUCUUUAAACCAUGUUGGCUGUACAUGUUUUACACUUAAUGAAGAAAAAUGUCCUGUAGUGGUGAUUUUUAAACUUAGACCUUGUACUUGCUUGUUUUUUCUUUUCUUUGAUUUUCUUUUUUUUUGUGCAUUUUUAUUUCACCCUUCUGCUCUUUGCAUUUAUUUUCUAUGAGUGUAUAAUAACUGCAGCCACUACUAAAAUAUUUAAGCAUACAAAUAAACGUACAUGUUUGAAAACAUGACUCAAAAGUGAGAGAGCUUUUUACACGUGAUGAUCCACUCCCUGGAUAAAAAAGAUGUAAAAAAAAAAAGACUGAUACUUUGUUGUACCACCUUUAGCUACGACUUAUUCGUCGCGUCUGUCUUUGCCCGAGUCUCUGUAUUAUGGACUACAGUCGGUCUGCUGUGUAAAACUCUUCUGCAGCUCAACCUAACGUUCAUCAAGAGGGUUGAGGUCUGAUGUUUCUUCUGGAGGUAUUUGUGUGAA